AUGGAGCUUUUCGAGAUUGAGGACCUGCCGAAGAAGCUCCUUCGGGAGGAGGCUGGCCGUGCCUUCCGUCUUCAAGCUUCGGUAAGCGCAAACCAUUCUCAGCUUCAAUGGGCAUGUGGCUGUGCGUCAAGUGAGCCAUCAAUGCCGGCGAAAAGGCGAAGAAGGCUUAUGAAGAUGGCAAGGCCAGGGUUGCCGAGGCUGGCAAGCCUAUCUAAGCUCAUGCGAAUUUGGUGA